CUCCCAUCUUUUUUCCAAUACCCAAAUUUAUGAUCGUAAACAAAUGGGUAAUUACAAAUUCAGAUUCUCCGACAUGAUCCCAAACGCCUGGUUCCACAAGCUCAAGAACAUGAACAACACCACCAAAACCUUAAACCUCUCAAAACACAAACACUCAUCAUUGCAUUCACCGGAAUUCACACAUUCCAACCAGCGAAAGUCUUACUACUUCACUAGAGACCUCGCCCUUGUCCAGCCGAGCCGGCCAACACAACCCCGCCAAUUCUCCACCUCUGUUCCGACCGCCGACAACUCCUCGGAAUGUACGAACUCUAGGAGUUCAUUAUCCGAGCCUGAUUCUAUACCGGAUAGGGGAACAGCCGGGGCUGCUGCCAAUGAUACCGGCAAAAGCAACGUCCAGUGCUGCCGCCUCCGGCCGAUCGUCACGAGGAAGACGGCGCCCUCUGCCAGCCCGGUGAGGAGGCUGCCGUCGGGAAUAAAGCUCAGAGUGAAUUCAUCGCCGCGGCUGGCAGUUCACGGGCGGCGGCGGAGCAUGGCGGUGGUGAAGGCGUCCAAGGAUCCGCGGCGAGAUUUUAGAGAAUCGAUGGUGGAGAUGAUUUCGCAGUACAACAUCAGAGAGUCGAAUGAUCUUGAGGAAUUGCUUGCUUGCUAUCUGUUGCUCAAUUCCGACGACCAUCAUCACCUUAUUAUUAAUGCCUUCAAACAGAUUUGGUUUGACUUUAUUCAUCUUCGCCUCGAAUAAUUUUAAUCUCCUUUUUUAUGUAUGUAUUAUUUUUACAUAUCACUUAUUUAAAAUAUUUGUAAUCCCUGUUUUAAAUGAAGCGUGAUUGAAGGAUUA